AUGGUCGAAAGUGGUGUCCCCCAGGGUUCAGUACUGGGACCCAUUUUGUUCCUUAUCUACGUGGACGAUGCCGCAAGAGAUUUGGACUGUGAAGUAGCAAUGUUUGCGGACGACAUGAAGAUAUGGAGUGUAAUUCGUGGUCCUGCCGAUGAAGACAGACUGCAGAUGAACCUGAAUCGGUUGGAGGAGUGGUCAAACCGUUGGCUCCUGCGGUUCAACGUUGCCAAAUGUAGCAUACUUCGCCUAGGCAACACAGCCAGAUCCGCCAGCACAAGAGGCUACUUUCUGGGCGGUGCAGCCCUACAAGAGGUCGAAGCCCAAAAGGACCUCGGUGUGCUUACGACGAGUUCCCUAAAACCAUCCGCCCACUGUUCGAGGGUGGCAAAAACCGCAAUGUCCGUACUGUACGCCAUCAAGCGUGCGUUUAUGGACUUUGACGAAGAAGCCUUCUCUAAGACAUUCGGAACAUUCGUCCGGCCGCAUUUAGAGUACGGCAUACAAGCUUGGAGGCUGUGUGCUGUUGUGGAUCAAAACUGCCUCGAAAGAGUCCAGAGGAGAGCCACGAAGAUGGUCAGGGGUCAAAGCUCCUUUCCUUAUGCGACCCGCCUAGUAAAUCUGAACCUCUUUCCUUUGAGUUACAGGCAACUUCGCGGAGAUCUCUUGCAAGCCUUCCGCAUUGUAAAGGGGUUGGAUUGCAGUCUGGCCUUCGAGGACUUUUUUGAAUUUGCUACCACGACCAACCUCCGAGGUCACCCGUUAAAACUGCGCACUCAGCAGGCACGGCUGGAUGUGCGGAAGUUCUCCUUCUCGGUUCGGGUGGUCAAACCGUGGAAUGAGCUUCCCGCAGAUGUUGUGAUGUCACCAUCUAUACAAAGUUUUAAGAAGAAUCUGGACAUAUUUAUGUUCCCAAAUGACCAAGAGCGAUGA